AUGCGCUGGAAUGUCUCACAAGUGCGCGCAGCGCGUUGUCUCGGCCGUUUCGGGAUACUGCGAGAACAAAGAACCCCCUCAGCAAAUUAUGGCCGCAGCCACCCUGGAACAAUGAGAUCAUUGGAUCGUCUGCUUACAUCGCCAGAGACGCAAUGGCGUUUACGAGGGGCCUGCAUAACAUCGUCAAAGAAGCUGAGAAUGCUCGGAGGCUCAUCCGGCGUUGUUUCCUUCGCGUUGAAGGAACAAUGA